CAUUUUCUCUUCUAUUUUCAUAUCAGGCUCACUACUUCACAUUUUCUAACACAAGUUUGUUUAUUUCAAGCUACAAAACAUCCGAUCACAUGGCGGCGGUCAAUAGCAGCAGUGAUAGUCAACCGGCAAAACACCAAGAAGUUGGCCACAAGAGUCUUCUUCAAAGUGAUGCUCUUUACCAAUACAUUCUUGAGACUAGUGUCUACCCAAGAGAACCCGAACCCAUGAAAGAGCUACGCGAGGUCACCGCUAAACACCCGUGGAACCUUAUGACGACAUCAGCCGAUGAAGGACAAUUUUUGAACAUGCUUCUUAAGCUCAUCAAUGCCAAGAACACCAUGGAGAUUGGUGUCUAUACCGGCUAUUCACUUUUGUCCACUGCUCUAGCUCUCCCUGAUGAUGGAAAGAUAUUGGCUUUGGACAUCAACCGUGAAAAUUAUGAAAUCGGUCUUCCCAUCAUUCAAAAGGCUGGUGUUGCUCACAAGAUCGAUUUUAGAGAAGGUCCUGCGCUUCCUCUUCUUGACGAGAUGAUCAAAGAUGAAAAAUUCCAUGGGAGUUUUGAUUUUAUUUUUGUGGAUGCUGAUAAAGACAACUAUCUUAACUAUCACAAAAGAUUAAUUGAUCUUGUCAAGAUUGGUGGAGUGAUUGGCUAUGACAACACCCUUUGGAAUGGAUCGUUGGUGGCACCACCGGAUGCACCUCUUAGGAAAUAUGUUCGGUAUUAUAGAGACUUCGUGUUGGAACUUAACAAAGCAUUGGCUGCUGAUACGAGGGUUGAGAUCUGCCAGCUUCCUGUUGGCGAUGGAAUUACUCUUUGCCGUCGCGUUAACUAAAGUUAAACGUGGAUCGAUAAAUGGCCGGGAAGAGGUGGUCAUGACCAGGCCAUGGUUGAUGCUUCUUCAUGAUGUUUAUGUUUCAAAAUUGUUUAUGGAGUUCAAGGCCCUUAUUAUUAGCUCGUUUGUCAAAUUGUCAAUUAUGUUUGUUUUUUCUUUACAAAAAAUAUUAUUAAAGAUGAUGAAAUCUUUUAUAUAAUUAUGAUAAGACAAUAUAUCUUUUAUAUGAAA